AUGGGUGCACUAGAAACUUGCCCUAUUUUAAGGAGGACUAAAAAUCUCUUUGGAUGCCUCCUACCCUUAAGACUUCUUGCUGACUCUUGUAAUUCGAUGAUUUAUUCUGAAACCUGUUUUGAAAUCUCUCUUUCAGGCCAGCAAAUGAGACAUAGAAACUGGCACAUCUGUCAGCACUAUCAAGGGCACAUGCAAAAUUAUCUUUCUGACACCUGAGUUUUUGUUACAGAUGAGUGGUGAGGCAGACAUCUGUUGGUCAAAAAUUCAGAUUAGAUGUCCACAUGUGGAUACUGAGAUCAAUGACUUUAAGCCAGCAUCUAUUGAUACAUCCUGUGAAGGAGACCUUGAAGUUGGGAAAGGUGAACAGGUGACAAUAACACUGCCAAAUAUUGAGGGCUCAACUCCACCAGUGACUGUUUUCAAGGGCUCAAAGAAGCCUUACCUAAAAGAAUGUAUCUUAAUUAUCAACCAUGACACUGGAGAAUGUCGCCUAGAGAAACUUAGUAGCAACAUCACUGUGAAAAAAACAAGAGCUGAAGGAAGCAGUAAGGUCCAGUCUCGUAUUGAGCAACAACAGCAGCAAAUGCGAAACGCAACUAAGAUUCCAAACAAUGUGAAAAAUUCUCCACCAAAAGAAAAAAUGUUUCCCUCUUCUCCUAUGGAUGAUAUUGAACGAGGUAAGCAAACUCUAUCAUAUGAAUGCCAUCAUUCACGCUACCUUAUUUCUCAUGAGUUCUCUCUUCCUUAG